AGAUGAAGGUCCAACCGAGCCACCUACGUGGUGACAUAUAUCUUCCACUAUCCAAUCGCCGACCGAGCAAAUUUCUUUACCAUUCACAAAUCAAUAACCAUAAACUCUAUCAACCGUCAUAUCAUCAAAUAUUGCGAUGGCACCUAAAGCCUUGACCCGAGAGACGACAACUGGCGCUGCGCUGGAGAAGGUCCAGGGAGCCAUCCAGAGCCCGACGACAGAGGUGAUUCCCAAGCCGCCUUCUGACCUCGAGGAACUCAAGGCUGAUUGCGAUUCAUUCACUUUCACAUCAUUCACCACAGAGGAUGCUUUUGUGCUGGGUAACCUUCUCUACGCCCGUCUUUACCCAUACGCUGUCGAAGGCAAGCCGACGGUGAUCUCAAUUGCCCUUGCAAACACCUCCCAGGUUGUUUUCCAAACCGUUACCGGACCUGGCACAGCUCCCGACAACGAGCAAUGGGUUCGCCGUAAGAGGAACACAGUUCUCCGAUUCGGCAAUAGCACGUGGUUCAUGCACAACAAGUUCAAGGGGGAUGAGGUUGCUUUCGCUGCCAAAUAUGCCAUUGCAGAUUCAAACAAGGGUGACUACGCAAUCCAUGGUGGAGCUAUCCCGAUUCGCGUCCAGGGAGUUGAAGGGAUAGUUGCUGUUGUCGUGGUGAGCGGGCUCAAGCAAGACGAGGACCAUGGGGUUAUUGCCGAUGUUAUCAAGAGCAAUUGGAGCUGUUAGAUAAUUUCAUAGGCACGAAUCUGUCAAGGAUGCUCAAGGUAUCCCUGACGCAGCGGCCGACCGGAUUUCCUACUACGGAGUGCCCGUUCCCGCUAUAUAUGCACCAAAACAAAUAAAGUUUAUGCAGCUAAUGAAACCGAAAUCCACACUAG